GGAUGGUACUCAAAAAGAGGGGAAAGUAAAAAUACCAAAUAUCGCCCAGUAUAAAGACACUGUACGUUGAUAAAUUCCAACAGUAAAUCGACAGCGUUUACACGCCACCAACCCCCCGCAUCCAAUUUGGGGCGAAUAUGCAGUGGCUAUCCCUUUUGGUGCUUGGAUUCGGCUUUUUAGCCGUCCCCUCGUCGUCUGGUCCUGUUAGUCUCUCGCGCAGCAAAAGGUCUUACCAUGAACCAGAAGGCUACUGGAGUAAAAAGCUAACUUGGAAAACCGAAUGGGUCAAAGUCUGGAAAACGGAGAAAAAGCUUAUCUGGAAACCGGAUUGGAAAAAAAUACAAGUUCCGAUUUGGAAGGAAAUUCAAGUUCCAGUAUGGAAGGAAAUUCAAGUACCUGACUGGAAAGUAAUUUCCAAACCGGUGUGGAUAGAGAAGCAAGUACCCGCAUGGAAGGAGAUUCAAGUUCCAGACUGGGUCGAGAAACAAGUACCCGCUUGGAAAGAAAUCCAAGUUCCAGACUGGAAGGAAAUUCAAGUACCCGAUUGGAAGGAAAUUCAAGUGCCAGACUGGAAAGAAAUUCAAGUUCCUGCGUGGAAGCAAAUUUGGAAACCGGUCUGGGUCGAAGUUCAAGUUCCAGCGUGGAAAGAAAUCCAAGUGCCAGAAUGGAAAGUCAAUCACGUGCCCGUAUGGGUCAAGGAGGGCAUUCACGGAGAACACUAUCUGGGCAAAGACGAACACGGGGCAGAGUACACUGCGCAUGAUUUAUGGAAGAAAAAACUCAUUUGGAAGCCGGUGUGGAAGAAAGUGUGGCGGACCGAAAAGAAACAGAUAUGGGUACCACAAAAGAAGAUGGAAUGGAAAGCGGAGUGGGUAAAAGUGUGGAAAACGGAGAAGAAGCAGAUAUGGCGUACUGAAAAGAAACAAAUAUGGCGCACUGAAAAGAAGCAAAUUUGGAGAACCGAACAGAAACAAAUAUGGGUACCUAAAAAAGUACAGAUUUGGAGAACGGAAAAGAAACAGAUAUGGGUACCCAAGAAAGAGUUAAUAUGGAAACAAGAGAAAGUGCAAAUCUGGAGAACUGAAAAGGUACAAAAGUGGCUCACCGAAAAGAAACAAAUAUGGAAAGACGAAUGGAAAAAAAUUUGGGUGCCAAUUUGGAAGACCAUUGAGGUACCUGCGUGGAAGAAGAUCUCAAAACCGGUGUGGGAAAAAGUGUGGGUAAAAGUGCACCACCAUCACGGCUGGGAUAGAUGAAGACUCUGUUAUCCAAGUACCUGUUCAGCUUCUUUUCUGUAAAUAUGAUCUGUUCUACGACGCUCUGUGAGUAUAAAUGACUGUAUGUAAAUAAAAGGAAAAGCCAGUGAGUUUUUUAUUACGCAUCUUGUGUUGUAAUUAUUGUUAUUUUUUUAUUAUUGUU